CUCUCUCUCUCUCUCUAUUAUUUGCUCGAUCUUUCCUGUGCCAUUGUGCAAUCUCUCUCUCUCCCUCUCUAAGGCUCAGAGAAUGGUAGGAGAGAGAGAAAUGGAUGGAUGUAAAUAAGAGGUGUCAAUUGUUGAAGAUUUCGAGACCCUGAUGAUUCAUCAUGUCGUCUUCUCCGACCUCCCAAGCAGAGAAGAAGCCCUGGUGGCUCAGCAACAAGAAGGUUGCAGAGAAACACCUCAAAGACGCAAGGGUCCUUCUAAGCUCUCAAGACCCAACUGACAUUUCCACGGCUCUGAACCUUCUCGAUGCGGCUCUCUCUCUCUACCCCAAAUGGGAGUUAGCCAUGGAGCUCAAAGCCAGGACCCUUCUCUAUCUUCGGCGUUUCAAAGACAUAGCCAUCAUGCUCCAAGAUGACAUUCCAAGCUUCAAAUACUCAGAAAACCAAGAAUCAGAAACCUCUCAAUCUCUCUCUAGAGAGAAGGUUAAACUCCUCUCUGAAACAAACCCAUCUCACUACUCUGAAAACCCUGCCUUCAAAUGCUUCUCAAUUUCUGAUCUUAAAAAGAAGGUCCUCUCCGGACUAUAUAAAAGGUGCGCCAAGGAGCAGGAAUGGCGGUACACCAUAUUAGGCCAAGCUCUAUUCCACUUGGGUUUAAUGGAGGACGCCAUGGUUCUUCUACAAGCUGGGAAAAGAGUGGCCUCUGCAAAUUUUCGGCGAGAAAGCGGCAAUAUCUCGGAUGACAAAUUCUCGGCCGAGAAUUUCCCGUCGAUCGAGCUUGAGCCAUCGACUCAAAUGUUAUGUAACAUCAAGCUCCUGUUACGAAGAAAAGCUGCUGGACUCGCCGCCCUAGAAGCGGGUCUCUACUCCGAGGCGAUUCGCCACUUCUCAAAAAUCGUUGAUGGUAGGCGGGGAACCCCGAGUCAGUUCGCUACCGAGUGUUAUAUGCAUCGAGCCACGGCCUAUCGGUUGGCUGGACGUAUUCCUGACUCUCUUGCGGACUGUAACCGAGCCCUCGCCCUCGAGCCCACGAGCAUAGGGGCGCUGGCAACCCGGGCUGAGCUGUUCGAGUCUGUUCGGUGUAUGACAGAGUCGGUACAGGACCUGGAGCAUCUAAAACUUUUAUAUGAUUCGGUACUACGUGGCGAUCGAAAGCCUUGGCGUACGGCUCGCACGUUUGGGAUUCGUGACGUGUCAUCUAGGGCAAAGGCCUUGGGCCUCAAGCUUUGUGAAAUGAAAGGGCGUGUGGACUAUCGUGAAAAUGUGGACUACCAUGCUCUCGUUGGAGUUCGGAGAGGGUGCACCAGGUCGGAGGUUGAAAGGGCCCACUUGGUCCUGUGUUUAAGGCAUAGACCGGACAGGGCGGCUCAAUUUGUGGACCGGUUGGAACUCAGUGAUGAGCGUGAUGCGGAGACGGUUCGAGACCAAUCCAGAAUGUCGGCUCUUCUUCUCUUUCGGCUCUUACAGAAGGCCUAUUCGGCGGUCAUGGCGAGCGUUAUGGAUGAAGAGGCUGCUGAGAGGCAGAGGAAGCGUGCCAUGGCUGCAGCGGUUCAGCCCAUCUUGCAACCAGUUCAAGCUGUUCAGGAACCGGUUCCGGACCCGGUUGAUACAGGAGGCCGAUUUACUGGGGUCAAACCGGAGAAUGUGGUUUUCUCAGGGGCAUUUUGCAGGGAUUUAGCGGCCGUAGGGGGGUUGCUUUCGCGGUGUCAUAUGGCCGUCACGUAUGAGGCUAUGAGCUGCUGAAGAAAAAGGAAAAAAAAAAAAACAAGGAAGCUAAAUAAUGGUUUUUCCGUUCUAUUUAAUUUUCUUUUUUCUUUUGACUAUUUGUAUAAAGUGAAGCUUAAUCUUCAGGUGACACGGACACGGACACGGACACGGACACGGACACGGACACGGCGGGGAAAUUUUGUCACUCGUGUCUUAUGUAUAUUCAGUGUAGUAGUUUUGGCGCCAUGGUGCCUUUUUCUGAAUUUUUUUGCGAUUUUAGGAUGGUGUCUAUUUAUGAGGUGGUAUUAAAUGGGUUGCAUGGGGCUGACAGGUGAAUUGAUGG